CCCUUUAAAUAUUUCAGCGCACAGGAGGAGCGCCAGAGCCGGGACAGUGUUUGACCCGGGACGCUGUGGAGCCGACAGGUGCGCAUUCACACACACGCUCACACCGCAAUGAGACCGACACUUCUGCUGCUCCUGCUGCCGCUGCUCCACUCCUCCGCCGGAGAAGCGCAGCGGUCUGAUAAUGUAAGAGAGUAUUAUAUAGCAGCUGUAGAGAUCGGCUGGGACUAUGUCUACCUGGACGAUGUUGACCCACCGUCCGACCAAAGGAGGAGAUUUGGAGAUAUUCCUCAAAAAUUCAUCAAGGCAGUUUACAGAGAGUAUACAGAUUCCACAUACACUCUCCCCAAGCCAAGGCCAGCAUGGACAGGUAUUCAAGGCCCGGUGAUCGUCGCUCAGGCUGGCGACAGGGUGGUGGUCCACUUCAAAAACCUGGCCUCUCAGCCGUACAGUAUCAGCCCCGUGGGGAUCACCUACUGGAAACAGUCUGAAGGAGCUGGAUAUGAUGACUCCACAGCAGGUCAGGAGAAGGAGGAUGACGCUGUCUCUCCGGGAGGAUACUAUGAGUACGUGUGGGACAUCAGCCCGAAAGACGGCCCCACCACCAGCGACCCUGAUUGCCUCACUUACUCCUACUCAUCCCAGGUGGACACGGUCCGAGACAUCAACUCGGGACUCAUCGGUGCCCUGCUCAUCUGCAAAUCAAGUGCCUUCUCAAAGGAAGGCCUAAGGAGAGACCAAGCGUUCGUCCUACUGUUUGCAGUGUUUGACGAGACCAAGAGCUGGUAUGGAGAGGUUGGAGAGAGGAUGAGCAGAGAGAGGUUCAAGCGUAGCCAAGGCAGGAAGGAAUACCACACCAUCAAUGGAUAUGUCAACUCUACAUUACCCGAUUUGAAAAUGUGUCAAGGCCGUAACCAUGUGUUUUGGCAUAUGAUUGGAGUGGGCACAGCUCCAGAAAUUCACUCCAUUAAGUUUCAGGAUCACACUCUGCAGGUGCUGACUCAUCGUAAGGUCACCCUGGAGGUGACACCUAUGACCUUCAUCACUGCAGAGAUGAAACCCACUACAACAGGCCGCUUUCUCAUCAGCUGUCAGAUACAUGCUCACCGCCAUGAUGGUAUGAAUGCAUUGUUCACGGUGGAGAAAUGCGAAACUCAACCUGGACCUGAUCUCCGUAACGUCAAACACAAGGACUACGGGGGAGAUGUUGACGACUACAGCUAUGAAGAUGGUGACAUGCUGUUCAACACCAUAAGCUUUGAGCCUAAGAGACCACAAGUGCAAGCGAGAGCCAGCAGAGGACAGCAGUUCGCAACCUGGCAGCAUUAUAUUGCCGCUGAAGAGGUCACCUGGAACUACGCUCCCCAUCUCAAACCCACGGACAGAAAGUUGCAGUCCAGAUAUUUGCCCACAUCUCCCCAUCACCUGGGUUACAAGUAUAAAAAGGUGGUGUAUGUAGAAUACACUGAUGCAUCCUUCACUCAGAGGAAAAACCCUGACAACACGUUGCUUGGUCCACUUCUGAAAGGGAAAGUCAAUGAUCAUUUCCAUAUCACUUUCAAAAACCUGGCCAGUCGCCCUUUCAAUAUCUACCCCAAUGGCCUUACCAAGAUAUUUCCACUGCAGAAAACCACAAACGAUGCAGAGAAGGACUUACGUUCCAUGGGUGUUCCCCCCAACGGGACAUUUCAUUACAUUUGGAUGCUAACAACAGAUGAUGGGCCCCUGGAGGGAGACCCCCAGUGUCUGACCCAGCUGUAUCAAAGCACCAUCUCUCCAGAGAGGGACUUGGCGUCGGGGCUGGUGGGCACCCUGCUCAUUUGCAAGUAUGAAGCCAUCGACCUCAGAGGACGCCUGGUGGGACCAGAUAAAGAUUGGCGCUUGAUAUUUGCUGUGUUUGAUGAGAACAGAAGUUGGUACUUCAAUGAAAACCUGCAGAAGUCCAGCAUGAGUUCCCCUAACACCACAGACCCGGAAUUCUACAACUCCAAUGUCAUCUACAGUGUGAAUGGUAUCAUGUUCAGUGGGCGUCAGUUUGUGAUGUGUCAGACUGAUGUCACUUUCUGGCACGUGGCCAGCGUGGGUACCCAGAGCGACUUCCUCUCCAUUUACUUUACGGGGAACCUGUUUCAGCACCAAGGCCUCUACCAGUCUGUCCUCACCCUCUUCCCCAUGACCGGCAUGAUCGUUCCCAUGGAGACUGAGCUGACGGGUGAGUGGGAGAUCAGUGCCUUUGAUGGCAGCCUCAAGAGCCGGGGGAUGAGCAUCCUCUACACCGUAAUCCCUUGUGACAAUGGAGACCUCCCGCUAGUUGAUCGAGAUGAAGAAAACGAGGAUAUCUCUGACUUCAUCGAUAAGAUCAAUCUACAACCGAGGGGCAUCAGACCCCAAAACGACACAAUUUUGGUGAAGGUGUGCAAGAAACCCCUCGCUAAUAACAAUACUCAGUCAGGAAAUUCUUCAGGGCAAAAUGUCACUGCUGAAGGACAGUCAAUAUGUCAGCUGAAGAGAGUCAAAGUAACAUCACCAAGAGGAGAAGAACCAAAUGAGGUGUCUGAUGAAGGAGUCCCACAGGAUAUCUUGGAGGAAAUAGCGAGAGAGGGGGAGUGGACAGUGACUGAGAAUGGGACUGAACGUGGAGAAAAGAGAGGUGGCAGACAGAGAAGACAGGCAGAGGGAAACUGGACAGAUGGAGACAUCAGCUCUGGAGCCCCGGAAGACGAAGGACCUGGGGUAGAGAUUGGCAGCGAGGCUGCUGAAAACAGGACUGAUACUGGUGCUGAGGUAAAGUCUGAGGAGAGGAGUGAAAUGCCAAGUGACAAGAAUGGGACAAAGGAGGAGACUGAAGAUAGAAACGAGAUCUUACCGAACAGUGACGCGCUGCUGAGGGAGAAGGUCUCAACUGUGAAACCAAGCAGUUUAGAAGAAAUGGAUGAGAACCUUGCACCGCAAAACCACAUUCAGUCUGAACCUGAGCGACUUACAGUGGAUCUGCUACUGGAACACAACUACACUGCUAAUAACUACAGCAAAUCACAGAUUGAUAUGUCUCUAGAGUACGAUGACUACAGCGAUCAGGGGAAUGACACAUCAGACAUAUUUGCCACAGAGUAUGUGAACCCACGCUCCGGAGGAGGGAUCAGACAUCCCAUUUACUACAUUGCUGCAGAGGAGAUCACCUGGGACUACGGCAUCAGGAAACCACAUCAGCUCAUCAGACCCAGAGAGAUGCGUCGAGGGAUGAGGAAGUUCCUGCCAGAGUAUAAGAAGGUGGUGUUUAGAGGCUACAGUGAUGAAACCUUUCUAAAUCCCACUGGCAGAGGAGAGCUUCAAGAACACCUGGGAAUCAUGGGACCUUUCAUCAGAGCUGAGAUUAAUGAUUUUGUCACUGUGGUAUUUAAAAACAAGGCGUCCAGGCCUUACUCCUUUCACCUUCAGGGAGUCUAUGACGGCAGCCAGGGGGCUGGCAUAGCCCAGACCCAUGCCUACUCUGCUCCUCCUGGGACCCCAGGAGAGCCUGUGGCUCCUGGGGAGGCACGGACCUACAACUGGAGAAUAACCGCAAAACAAGGACCAACCGAAACUGAAUUUGACUGCAAGACUGGGGCUUACUACUCCACUGUGGACAAGGAGAAGGACCUUCACUCAGGUCUGAUCGGUCCACUGGUGAUCUGUAAGUCUGGCAUCCUGCGGAAUCAUCAGCCAGAAGUCCAGGAGUUUUCUCUGCUCUUCCACACCUUUGAUGAAACCAAAAGCUGGUACAUGGAAGAGAACCUGAGUCAGCACUGUGCCCCACCCUGCCAGGCCAACACUGAGGAUCCUUGGUACCACAUCAGCAAUAAGUUUGCAGCGAUAAAUGGUUAUGUGGCAGAGACACUUCCUGGUCUGUUGGUCGCCCAGCACCAGCAAGUGAGGUGGCACCUGAUGAAUGUGGGAAGUGACGGAGAGUACCACGCUGUGCACUUCCAUGGUUUGCCUUUCACCAUUCACACUGAACAAGAACACCGUAUGGGGGUCUACAACCUCUUCCCUGGAGUGUUUGGCACAGUGGAGAUGAGACCCCCCACAGUUGGCACAUGGCUGGUGGAGUGCACCAUAGGAGACUACCAGCUCGCUGGCAUGAGGGCUAAACUACUGGUGUAUAAUCCACGAUGUGUCCUGCCUCUGGGGAUGAAAUCAGGAAGAAUUGAGGAUUCCCAGAUCACAGCAUCAGAUCAUAUAGAUAACUGGGAGCCCAGGCUGGCGAGGCUGGAGCAGUCAGGUUAUAUCAAUGCCUGGAUGGGCAGAGGCAAGAAUUCAUGGAUACAGGUUGACCUCCAGAGGCCCACUCUGCUGCAUGGUGUGAAGACGCAGGGAGUCAGGUCAAAGCUGAAGGACCACUACAUCACAAUCUUCACCGUCUCCUACAGUCUGGACCAAGACACCUGGACCACUUACAGGGGAAACAGCACCAGACAGAACAAUAUAUUCCGAGGCAACUUUGACAGUUCCAAGGUGAGAGACAACAGCUUUUAUCCACCAUUUGUGGCUCGCUACGUCAGGAUUCAGCCGCUAAACUUCAUGCAUAAGCCUGCUCUCAGACUGGAGCUGCUAGGCUGCGAUCUCAACAGCUGCUCGCUCCCUCUUGGUCUCCAGAAGGGGCAGCGGCAGAUUCCUGACAGCAGCUUCGAUGCCUCGUCAUUUCAAUCAUCUCUGUUUCGUACCUGGCGCCCCAGUCUCGCCCGGCUCCAUCAGGAAGGCGGGACCAACGCCUGGAGGCCAAUGAACAACAAUCCCCACGAGUGGCUGCAGGUUGACUUGGGGAACAUCAAACGCAUCACGGGGGUCAUAACCCAAGGAGCUCGAUUGCUGUUGACCCAGAUGAUGGUGACGGAAUUCUCGGUCACCAUCAGUCAUGAUGGACACUCCUGGAGCAGCGUGUUAGAGAAGAACUCCCAGAGAGAACAGAUCUUCACGGGAAACAACGACUCGGACGAGGAGGCCGUCACGGUGUUCGACCCACCCCUGUUCGGCCGCUACCUCCGCAUCCACCCGCGGGGCUGGAUCAAUGACAUCGCCCUGCGUCUGGAGGUCCUGGGCUGUGAGACGCAGCAGGUGCUCUGACACCGCUGGAACAAACUCACCGACCAGCAUGCAGCAGCAUUUUAGUAGCAUUGUGUGUGUGUGUGUGUGUGUGUGCGCGUGUAUAAACUCUCUUAGUUUUGUUUUGGAGUUUGACAAGUGAUGAGAAAUUGUUAAGUAGAGUACUACUUAGGUUAUAUAUACACUGUUUGGAUUUGUAUGAGAAAAGCUAUUUCCUCUGUUUACAGCUUCACAUUUUUGCCAGUGUGGUGUGAUCGUUUUACUACUGUUCAGAAGAAAAAUCCUGUCCAAAAAGACAGGAAAUAGUUAUGUUUGAGGUCAUUUUACAAUGGAUAUAAUGUGUUAAUAUUUUAAGAUAUCAGUUUUAAGAUAAACACAGCUGAGCUACACAGUAUUUGCUUUACCUAACUACAGAGCAAACUUUUUGAAUGUAAGCUUGUGUAAAUAUUUCAGACUCAGAAGGAUGUAUACAGUUUGACUGGUUGUUAUAUAUCAUUGGGAAAGUUUGUAUUAAUGUAUUUUUGUCUUGCUUUAUUAGAGUUUAUAUAAACAAUGUAUCUUAAAGA